CACGUCACAAAAACACGAGUCAUUUACCCGCAGCGUCGCGAGUCAAGCGGCGAUGGCCUUGGCGAGAACGAGCAGCUUUCUCUCGCUUUUCUCUAUCAUGUACGAGGUAGCUCCCUUCACAGCUUUCGCCUUCGAUGUUUGCACGAUCGAUUAUUGAUCGAUCUAUCAGGAGUUGUAUUUCCUAUGUGCCUCGAAAGUCAAGAAACCCGUUGCGAUGGCUAUCUCUGUCCCAGGAGCAUUCCCUCUGUGCAAGAGCCUCCCGACCGCUGAAUGUGGGCCGCGGAACUGAUGGUGCUACGGGAAUCUGGAUUCCUUGAGAAUUCUAGCCUCGAAGUAUGAGUGCUGCCAGUAUUUUCUAGAUCUACUUAUAGGAGCAGGUUAUUCCGAAGUCUCUUUCGUCGUCCAAAACUUCAACGUCGGAGCUCGUGUCUCGAAAGGGAAAUUAGCGGCGAAUGAUACUCCAAAUCGCCCUACCUACGACUCUUCAGACAUGUCAGGGCAUAUAAACAUGCACCUACCCCGUGAACAUGGAGUUCCCCAGUCUCCAGAUCUUCCCACUGCUCUGUCGCAUCAUGGCGGUGUCCGACCAACAUCGGGUUACUCAUAUUGUUCUGUUUCGUUAUCACCCCUCAGUGCCAUGGACCGAACUGGAGCACCACUUCGCCGACUUGGCCAAACUGAAAUCAACAUGUCUCAAGCCCGCUGUUACAGGGAAACCAUAUAUGUUGUCGAUGUCCAUGGGCAAAAACACCAGCUGGGAAAAUUUCGGAAAGGGAAUGACGCACUGUAUCGUCCUGGAAUUUGCCAGUCUCGAGGACAGAGACUUUUAUUUGCUGGAGGACCCAGUGCAUCGCGCUUUUAGCGUAAAUGCUGCCCCUUUGAUCGAGGACUCGGUGGUUGUUGAUUUCGUGGACGGAUCAUUACUCGGCCCUUCGCCCCAACCCCAAUCGGACAGCGUCAACUACAAGUCAUACCGAGGUGCAUGUCAAUGCGGGUUGAUCGACUUCUGCAUGAGAUCACCCACCGGAAAGCCACCCGCCCAUGUCAUUUGCCAUUGCGACACAUGCAAAAAGAUCUCUGGAGCACCCUACACAUGCAACUACAUCAUCCCUAUCGACGAUUUGGUCAUCUCUCAGGGCCGUGAACGCCUCAGGGUCUAUGAAUAUCAAGGGGCGAGUGGCAAGAACGUGUCAUGUUACUACUGCGACAAGUGCACGAGUCACAUCUACCAUGUGCAGCAGCGCGAUCCAAGCAAAGCGAUUGUGCGGACUUUGCUUCUUGAGUGUGGGAACGUCAUGGGUGCAAGCGGGGAGAUUUUCAGCGAAGGGGCGCUGGGAUGGGCUCGAGACUUGCGAGCCGCUCUGCAGACUUGAAGGAGGCCAGGGGGACGCAGUCAAGAAACUCGGGAAAGGCCAGCCCCUAUGGCUGCAAACAGAAACGGUCUAUGAUGGUGCGACUGGCGGCUGCUGUGCGUAUACAGAGACAUGAUCCAGAGCAAUGGUAUUUGCUGGACUACAUUCAGAAAAGAUCUCCACGUUUUGGGAGAUAUUUUCGAGGCCAAUUUGCAUGGAAUCGAAUCAAAAGCGUUCUAACUGUAAGUUUACCGCUUACUACAUUGACAUAUCUCCAG